AUGGAUCGACAUCUCCUCAUCGUCACCGUUUGUGUGUGUCUAGGUGUAACAGUAUCCGCCAACAAUCCUAACAAGUUCAGGUACACAUUCACCAAUCAAAAUACAUCACCGACAGCAGCAGAACGUUUGCAGAAUGCAGUGGUGUCACCACCCGACCUUCGUUCAGAACCUCAAAUAAGGACAUCCGGGUACUCGACAAAUGGCGCCUCCACCGCCAGUUCCUUGUCGAAUAAAGGUAAACUAGUAAUUGUGGAUACGAACAACACUGCGCCACAGGACAUCACAGCGGUGAAGACUGGAGGAGGGGAUAUCGUCCUCACAAUGGAAACUGUCCCCAAUGCCACGCCCUCGCCAGCAGCGCUCACGAGAUCGACUGACUGGAAUUGGAUUGUCACUCCGACUCCAGGAGCGACGCCCGCACCACCUGUUGUGAGAAGAACGACUGACUGGAAUUGGAUAGUCACUCCGACUCCAAGAGCGACGCCCGCGCCACCUGUUGUGAGAAGAACGACUGACUGGAAUUGGAUAGUCACUCCGACUCCAAGAGCGACGCCCGCGCCACCUGUUGCGAGAAGAACGACUGACUGGAAUUGGAUAGUUACUCCGACUCCAAGCGCCAAGCCCGCGCGACCGGCGCAGACUAGGAAUUCUAAUUGGGAUUGGAUAGUCACCCCUACCCCUUACGCUCCCGUCCACAGCACAGCGGCACCAAGCGCUCCACAGAUGCCGACAGUCGGCCCUACUCCUUUCUACUAUGGAAAUACGAACACAAUGAGUUAUUUCGGAAUGGGAAACACCGUGGGUUAUUUUGGAACACCGUCAUACUGGGAUCUUCAGUAUCAACCACAGGAAAUAACUCGGAAUGCUGGUAUUAAAUAUGGCGAAUGCCCUGCACCAAAUGUGGUUGGUGCCAAAUGUGGAUAUCGGUGUUAUCGGGAUACAGAAUGCCCCCAGGACUGGAAAUGUUGUAAUGAUGGCUCUGGCAAGCCUGAUGGCUGCUGCCACGCCCGAAAACCAACUUAUUUUGAGAGUUUUAUGACUUCACUGUGGGACACGCCUCCAUCACAGGAAAUACAGAACGAAAUGCCGUAA